AUGGAUUUGAAUAAGGGGGAGGAGGGAGUUGAUAGGAUCAUCAACUUACCCGACUCACUGGUUCAUCACAUCCUAUCCUUUCUGGAUAUUAAGUAUGUUGCCCAAACUAGUGUCUUGUCUAAAAGAUGGAGUUACAUUUGGAUCACUGUCCCCAUCCUUGAUUUUCAAGACCUGGAAUGUAUCAUGCCUACUUCCUCGGAGACCAACAAGUUCAUGGAUUUUGUUGAUGGAACAUUGCAUCGACGGCAUACCGGGGCAAAUAUAGAAAGGUGCACUAUCACCUGGUAUAAAGAUUUGAAUGAAUAUCGAGCCAAUUCAUGGAUUGCUAGUGCUUGCUUUGAAAUUAACAAUGUCUACUUUGGCAAUGGAUACUGGAAUGAGAAGCUCUUUUCCAAUUGCCAGUCCUUGAAUAUUUCAACCCCUGCACUGAAACACUUCAAGAUUAAAAAUUGGGAGGAUGCAUGGUUCCCACGUGGAGAGGAUGACCGGUUACGAGGUUGUGCUCUCAAGGCUGAUGCAACAAAUCUGGAGUCUUUUUAUUACAAUGCUAGCAUUGCCAAGGAGUAUGUUCUGACAACCUUUCCGUUACUAGAUAGAGCAUCGGUAGAAUUUCGCUUUAAACCAUAUGUUGCAACAAGGGAGCAAAUGAUUGGUCUUGGCACAACAAUAAGUCAAUUUCUUCGAGCCCUUGCCAAUGCAAAACAUCUAAGUGUUUCUGAUGAUACCCUACAGGCUCUCUCCUUUGCAGACGAUCUAUUAAAAAAGUUGCCAACAUUUCAUAAUACCAAGGAGUUGAUCAUAUAUGAGAAACUAACCGCUGAUAAAGCACUAGUUGCUUUGCUCAAAGAAACACCUAAUUUGGAGUCACUCGUAUUUCAUAAGCCGGUGCCUAGUGAUGACGAAGAUGAAGAAGAACAUGACAUUGCAGGCAGCGACACUGUUGAUGCUGCCGAGGACGAUGGCAACAAAGAUGAUGCUGCAGGCAGCGACACUGAUGUUGAUGAUUCCGAGGGAGAAGACAACCAUGACAGCGAAGAUGAUGAUUGGAUGAUUGGACAGUCGAUGUGGUGA